UGAUGAGAGGAAAAAAAAAAAAGCAAUUCAACAGUCGCUACUUUUCUUUACAAACAAAAUCGCCAUUUCUUUUAAUUCUCUCCAAUCUUAAGUAUGGCUCUUUCGCUUCCUCUUUUCCUUCCCUGCAAAUCUCCUAUCCUUGCAAACAUUCUUCUUUUCCUCUUCUUCCUCCCCUCGCCACUGGUAGAAUUCUUCUUUUGUUUCUUCAAUUUUUCUUAAUACCUUCAUUUUUUGUUCCGACCCUUCCUACUACUUGCCAUAUGUAAAUCUCCCCUCUCUGUUAUUAUAAUUUCCUUAUCUCUCUCAUGUUUGGUAGGCCUUUCAAGGUAGCAAGAGUCUGAGGAUUUAAAAUUUGAAGCAAAUGAUAAGAUGAAAACUAAGAACUGGCUUGGAACAAUAGGACAAACAAGUACGUUUUAAGGAAUCUAAUAGGAGACUUGUGUAUUGGAGUUUUGUCCUCCUUGAAAUUUAAUCGUACAUUCACACAUGUAAAAGGAAAUAAGAGGAAGCUGCAACAUUUUGAGGGAGCUAUUGUAUUCCACUGUUUUAGAGAAGCAAAUCUCCUACAGGUUACAAAGCUAAUUGGAGCUUAAAGUUGAAGCACAUGGCUUGCUAUUAUACUUCUGAAAAGCAUCCAAGAGAAGUUUAGAAGGUUAAAAGGAGUUUCAUAUGUUGUUGUCUUUGUAUAAAUAUAUAAUAGUUCGUUUACUCCUUUUUUUCUAGCUUAACUGAUCAUAGUAGCAAAAUUGUACAUGAGACUUGUCUUUUUUCGCUAACCAUAUUUUUGCAGCUUUGUAUAAAAAGAAAAGACAGCAGAUGGGGAUCAUGUCCUAGCCCUCGGACUAUAUAUGUGACUUUUCCAAUAAUAAAGAAAAGACUUGACUAAUGGAGUUUGAAUAAGCAGAUUUCUCUGAUGUUACUUCAAAUUUGCUGAUGAUGAUUCGAAAUUGCAUAAUUCCACGCGCGGCAACAAGGCGCCAGAGGGAAAAAAUUUCAAGUAAAUUUCCCGCCUUGUCGGAUUACAACCCUCGCGCCAAAAUCCGACCAUUUGCAACAUAGACAAUUAGGCACGCACACAUUCUUCUUCUCUACUCUAUCCCUUUACAGCUUCGAAGUUCGAAGUAUCUCUAGCCGACAGCGAAGAGUUUCAAGUGAUAACGACUCAGCCCCAUUGUUAAAAUUAGAAAUGGAAGGAUCUAAUAAGCAUCAAUCUUUUUUUCAAGAUAUCAAAUCAAGAGAGCUUCACGGAUUCCGAGUUAUAAAAAGACCAUAUAUCAGCAUUGAAUCGUCUGAGGUUGACCAAAUUGGUGCCGUGGCUGUUGAGCACAAUGGCAACACGCCACCUCCAAUGGCCAUCUCGUUCUGCAAGACAAGUAAAAAUUCACAUAUACUUGCUGUUGCUGAUGAGGGUGGCUAUGUUAGCUUGUAUAAUACCAGGUUGAAAUUUCCUCCUCCAUCAACACACCAGCAAAAUGCAGAAAAAGCUAAGAUGUUAGAGUGGGUCGCUCAUGAAAAUGCUAUAUUUGAUGUAUGUUGGAUCAAGGAUGAUACAAAUAUAUUAACUGCUUCAGGCGAUCAAUGCAUAAAGGUAUGGGAUGCACAAGAAAAGCAAUGUGUUAGAGCAUUAAUGGGUCACACCGGGAGUGUGAAAUCCAUUUGUUCUCAUCCUACGAAUCAGGAUAUUAUUGUAUCUGGUUCAAGAGAUGGGUCCUUUUCCCUAUGGGACUUGAGGAGCUCGUGCAGCAGCAGUCAGAUAUUUUCCAUACCGUCAAUUGCAGCAGUCCACAAGGCUCACGUUUCUCCUCGUCAGAGGCGGGUUAAAGGUGGAAAGGCUACUUCCAUGAGCAUUACUUCAGUCCUUUACUUGAAAGAUGAGAUCUCCAUUGCUACUGCUGGAGCAGUUGACAGUGUCAUAAAGUUUUGGGAUACCAGGAACCUGAAGAGUCCUAUUCUCCAGGCAUGCCCUCAUCCUAAUGUGUCAUCCCAUAAGGGAAAGCGAUUACAUGGAGUAUCUAGUAUAUCUCAAGAUUUAAAUGGCGUGUUUAUUGCUGCUUCAUGCAUGGACAGCAGAAUCUAUCUCUACAAUGUGCUUCAGCCAGAAAAAGGGCCAGUGAAAACUUUCACAGGAUGCCAAAUUAAUUCAUUUUUUGUUAAGUCAGCGAUAAGUCCUGAUGCAGCUCAUGUACUCAGUGGUUCCAGUGAUGGAAAUGCCUAUAUAUGGCAGGUGAACAAACCUCUAGCAGAUCCCCUAAUACUGAAAAACCAUGACGGAGAAGUUACAGCAGUAGACUGGUGCCCAUCUGAGACGGGAAAAGUUGCUACAGCAUCAGAUGAUUUCACGGUGCGAUUUUGGAACAUUCAAAGCAGUUGUUACUCAAACACAAGAUCUCCAUCGUCCAUUCGAAGAAGAGUAAUGGGACUUACUAACAUAGAACGUCGCAAGCUGUUCUCUGAUGAAAAACCAGAAAGCAUCAAGAAUGACUGUCAUUCAGAAAACUUGCCUAGUUCAACUAAGACUCCUGAAAUCAGCACUCCAGAGUCGCAGAAGAAGAAACAUUUUCAGAUUUUUGAAGUUGAAAACUUUGAGAGAACUCCAGAAGCCGCAAUCAGGAGCCCUUCUUCGGUUCUGAAUCCUCCAUCCUCUUUGAAGAGGACAAUUAGAGAUUACUUUGUGCACAGUCAAUGAGAUUAGCAUUAUAUUUUGACGAUUAGAUUUCCAGUAUAUACAUACACAACAAGUUCAGAUAGAUUGGGAACAACUUUAUUUCCAUACUCGCUUGCUUCUGGCGUCCAAGUUUUUGCUUUGCAAACUAAUGGCUUGUUUUUUAUGAUUUUUGUAGGCUGUAUUUCAAAUGUAGAAAUUUAUGAUUUUUGUAGGCUGUAAUAGGAAAGAACGUCAGAUUUAUCUGAUGAAUAAUGUAGUCCCCUUUGUAAUAGUACAAGUGCAGAAUUGAGACAUUA